AUGCAAUUAAAUCAAUUAGGCAGGAGCAAAAUGUGCUACUUGCAAGAGCAUCAAGAAUUUGAUAUGCGCAUUAAGUAUUUGUGUAUUGACAGCCAAUGCACUCUUUAAUUCAGAGCAAUGUGUACAGAUUGUUAUAAUAAGUUGCAUUAAGGACAUCGCGUAAUUGAUUUGAUUGAAGCUGAACGAUUGGCGUAUCAGCAACACCAAGAAAAUUUAGCAUAAUUUAAGACGCAUAUCACUAAACUAAAUGAGAUUCUCUAACACAGUAUAAAGACCAUAAAGGCUCAUGUUAAAAAAUUGCAGACACAAUUCAAUAUUCUCAUUGAAUAAGAGUUGGAGAAAUUGCAUUAAUAUCAUCUCAAAUCUCCAAUUGAUCUAAAUGAAUUUGCUUAACAACUGCUACAGAAUCAGAGUAUUGUAUCUACAACUUCUAUGUAAAUUUUAACCAAAGGAGUCAAAUAGCUGUUGUUAAAAUCUUAUUUUUUAACUUCAGAUAUUACAGUUUUUUCAUUUAAAGAUUAUAUCACUCUAUCAGAUGAAUCAUUAGUUUAAAUCAAAAGGUUUGAUCUAGUACAAAAGGUACUUUUAGAUUAAAUUACCUUUACAACUAAUUCAACUGAAGCACUUUAAAUAUUCAACAGUCAUCCUAAGAAAAUCAAAUGUCCAGGACUAGUUCAUAUUUAUUCUAUUGAUAUAAAAUAAGAUGGCACUUUAAUAGCUAUUGGAGGUCAUCCUGAUACCCUCCUUUUAAUAGAUCCAAUCUCAGAAAUUCUAGUGAAAACCUUUAAAACUUCAUUCCUAGAAAUCUUUGCUGUUAAAUUCUCUUCUGAUGGACUUAGAUUAGCUGCAGCUGGUUCUUGUCCAUAUGAAGUCUAUGUUUGGAAUUGUAAUGAUUUCGAACAAAGUCCAAUAAUCUUAAAAGCUUAGCAUCUUAACUAAAUCAACAGAUUACAAUUCAUCUCAAAAUAUUUAUAUACUGCUAGUGAUGAUUAUAAACUAAGAGUCUGGAAGCUUAAAAAGAAUGGAAUCAAGAAUUAUAAGGAAUAUAUAGGACAUUGGGAUAGUGUUUAUGGUCUAGCUGUUAACAAUAAGCACGUUGCAUCAACUGGUAAGGAUAAAACUUUGAUUGUAUGGUUUAAAGGCAAGAUCCUGAAAUAAUGGAUGGCUCAUGAUAAUGAAUAUGGUGGAUAUUGUGUUGAAUAUUCUCUAGAUGGGAAAUUACUUAUAUCUACUGGUUAUGAUAAAAUUAUUAAAUUAUGGAAUACUGAGCAUGAUUAUAAAUUGAUUAAGCAAUUUUAAUCUCAUGAUUAACCAAUAUGGACACUAGGUCUUUUAUCUAAUACAGGAUUACUUGCAACAGCUAGUUGGGACAAUACAAUUAAAAUUUGGGAUAUAAAAAGUGGAAAAUGUGUAUACACUCUUGAGAAUCAUUUUCAUUCAUCUCCAUGUAUAAAUAUCAAGUGUUAUCCUUUAUAAUUCUUAGCCACCAAUGAGGAUGGCAUAAUUUUAAUAUGGAAUCUGUGA